GUUUCGCGGUACUGCUGUCUCGCGCGCUAACUUUACUAACGGUAGUUUCGCGGUACUGCUGUGUCGAGGGCUAACUUUACUAACGGUAGUUUCGUGGUACUGCUGUGUCGAGGGCUAACGGUAGUUUCGUGUUACUGCUGUGUCGAGGGCUAACGUUAGUUUCGCGGAACUGCUGUCUCGCUGUCUUGCAUUUCACCGGCGUAUGGUUUAAUUGGCCGACUUUUAUCGCAGGUAUAUGCUAAACUGCGACAGGGACUAAAGAGGAAAAAGCGAAUGCCUAAUUGAUACCAAAACGUUUCUGCAAGAUAUCACCAUGCUGCUGAAGGUGACCAGAGGACCAAGAAGUCCAUCCCAUUACAGCUAGGUUUCACCUCUUCAUCACUGCAGACUAGGAGGUGGACGCUGCAGCCAGCAACACGAUGGAGGUGGCGGCGCUGGGCCGGCCUUUCAGCCUCGGGAUGCUGUACGACUGCCGCCAGGACUCACUGGUCCCCGCCAUGACACUGUGGGACUGCAAUGACCUGGAAAAGAAUACAAGAGAAAGACUCAAACCUAGCAGUGACUUUGGGAUAGUUGCAUCUGAAUCUAUUGACGAUAAGUCUUCAGCUCUAAAUGUUGAAGCCUCUCUGAAGGCCAGUUUCUUAGGUGGACUGGUGGAGGUUGAAGGAUCGGCCAAGUACCUGAACGACAGUAAGACUUCCAGGCAUCAGGCCAGAGUAACACUGAGCUACAAAACUACCACCAAGUUCCAGCAACUGUCCAUGAAUCAUCUAGGAAGUGUCAAUAUAAAGCACCCGUAUGUCUUUGAGAAAGGAAUAGCAACACAUGUCGUCACUGCGGUUCUCUACGGGGCACAAGCCUUCUUUGUCUUUGACCGUGAGGUGUCUGAAACAGAAACUCAUCAAGACAUUCAGGGUACCCUGAGCGUGAUGAUCAAGAGGAUUCCCAGCCUGGCGAUAGAGGGGCAAGGCGCCAUGAAGAUGAAAGACAAGGACAGGGAAUACGUAGAGAAAUUCUCCUGCAAAUUCCAUGGAGACUUUUCCCUGGAGAAGAAUCCUGUGUCCUUUCAGGAUGCAGUAGAAGCCUACCGAAGUCUGCCGAGACUGUUGGGAGCCAACGGAGAGAACGCCGUCCCGGUGAAGGUCUGGCUGUUGCCAUUGACCAGUUUGGAUUCUACAGCUGCUAGACUCGUACGUCAGAUAAGUGUACGAUUAGUUCAAGAAUCCCAGAGUGUCCUGGAGGACUUCAGCGAGCUGGAAAUGAGGUGCAGAGAUGCAUUGAGAACCACCACUGCACAGCAGUUCCCACAGAUUAGCAAAAAGAUAAAGACCUUCACAGAGAUGUGCUCCGAGUUCAGACUGGACCUCCAACAAACUUUGGCCAAGAGAUUUCCAUCAAUCCGAGGAGGAGGAGAAGAUGAGGCUGUGCUCGCAGACAUCCUGAAGAAAAGACAUUCUUCUCCUUUCAACAGCAACUACCUGAACCAGUGGAUGGACUGUAAAGACAAAGAAGUCUAUAUUUUAAGGUCUUUCACCAAGAUGAUGAAAAACACCAAGAUCCUUUCAUCUGAAAAUGAUCUUCAUGAAGAAAUUCUCAGUGCACAAAACCUGAUGUGUUUUGUCUUCACCUCCCUGGGAGGUGACGAAUUGUACCUCUCAACAUUAUCAAACUACUUGAGACAAACACCAGGCGUCCCUCAACACGCACCCACUCAGGAUUUAGAGAGGGAGCAAUGGUACGCCUCAAAAGAAGUUGUAGAAGCAAUGAGGCGGAAAGCAAAGCUCUUCAGUGAUUUCGCAGAGGCCAACACGGAGAACAAGAACAUCAAGUUCUUGACCUUGGGAUUACCAAAUGAGGCCCAGAAAGGCUCAAGCAUCUACCUUUAUGAAGACGGCUUCUCUGUCAACGAGAACUUUGAGCCUCCUUCAAAGCCUGAAGCAGGAACAGUGAGUGAGAUCAACCACAACAGUGUGAGGCUGAAGAUUUCUCCACCCAAAUGUGGAGUAGAGAACAUCACCUCCUACUCGGUUGAGUACCGUGUCAGUGGAGAGGGAGGAUGGAAACAGAAGACCGCAUCAAGCGAAGAACAAGUCACCGUGAGCGAUCUGAGUCCCAACACAGACUACGUGUUCAGAUGCAGAGCAGUGACCUCAGCAGCCCUCCUGGACCACCUCAAGUUAAAGCACACCUAG